AUUGCUGAGAAUAUCGUGCUGGCUGUCAAUCAGGAGUAUAUAGAAGACGAAGAGGCUGAACUGAAUCUGGUGGACGGUGAUGAGGUGGCGGUGAUUCCACCUAUCAGUGGAGGAUAAUUCUAGAUUUAGAAAGACGGGAGCAGAAGGUAAAGACAUCAUGGCAGACUAUAUCAAGGUGACUGAGGAGAAGCUGUCUGUUGAUCAAAUAACCGAACUUGUUACUUCACCAACAUGUGGGGCUGUCUCAAUCUUUAUUGGGACAACUAGGAACAACUUUGGUGGUCGACAAGUGACAGGUUUAGAAUAUGAGGCACACACUCCCAUGGCAGAGUCCGAGUUGAAGAAGGUUUGCACCAGAUUGAGGGAAAGUUGGCCAGAGAUUGAAAACAUUGCUAUGUAUCACAGAAUCAGGAGUGUUCCAGUGUGUGAAGCCAGUGUGAUCAUCGCCAUCUCGUCACCCCACCGUAAACAAUCUCUUGCCGCUGUCAGUCAGGCCAUUGAUACUCUCAAAGCUCAAGUACCCAUUUGGAAGAAGGAGUUCUAUGAAGACGGUGAAUCUGAUUGGAAGGAGAACACAGAAUGUUGCUGGAAGUCCUGACACAUUGAACCAACCAUCAUUGAUGCAAUGAAUCAAAUGGGUCACUGUGUCUGUGGGAUCACUUCAAAGGUCCAGUCUCGAUCAAAACUUGGAAUGUACUAAGAUCGUGUAGAAGUAUACAUGUAGAUGUCUAUGGUGAUGGUUUUUAUUCGUAUCUUGUACAUGAAUCUGACAUGGUGAAUUGUGAGCUGCAAAUAAUGUCAUUAUCAGUUGUCAUUGUCAUUGUCAGUUAAUAUUUAUGAAUCGACUAUGCUCUCAGAUGUAUGUUAUAUUGUGCAUGUACAAGUGCUUUUGUUUAUUAUACAUGAAAAGUUUGUAAAUGAUCAUGAGAAUUGAUGUGUAAUAAAUUGUUAGGUUUCG